CUCGUGUCCAGAACGCCCCCGGAGGGCAAGCAGCGGCUCCUCUGCUGGACUGGACCGCAUCGCAUCGCACCGCACCGCAUAGCCUAGCAAAGACGCCCCAGCGAGACCACAUCACCACGUCGCUGCUCCACUCCACUCCACUCCACUCACUCACCGCCACGGCCCACUCGUGAGAGAGACGACGGCUCGUAAGCCUUUUUUGGUGCCGUUCAACUCCCAAUUCGACCCGCCGAAAACUUUUUUUCCCCCUUCCCUGGCGCCACCAAAUCGAGUUUUACGACUGAGAUUUAUUUCCCCUCCGCCGAGAGUCCGUCGCAAAAUCCUACGCUUCACGUGGAAACCUAAUCCACACUGGAUGGAGAUUAUGUUUUCCGUGUGAAGGAGAGAAGGAGACGGAGAGAGGUCUCUUCGGGACACAUCGGCAUGUAGCGGGCGGCGGCGGUCCGGUCCGGUCCUGUCCUGUCCUGUCCUGUCCUGUCCUGUCCUGUGGUCCUCCUUUGGGAAUGGGCCAGCGUCUGGCCACGGAGCAUCUCUCCACACGGCGCCACGGCCCCAGCGCGAGGGGGGCCGUGGGCAGCUCCUGAAGCGGCUCCGUCUUCAGCGCGACCUUUGAACUUGCCAUGCCCUUCCGGCUGAAGCUGCGGCGCACGCGGCGCUACAACGUCCUGAGCAAGAACUACUUUGUGACGCGCAUUCGGCUGCUGGACAGCAACGUGAUCGAAUGUACGCUGUCUGUGGAGAGCACGGGGCAGGAAUGCCUGGAAGCCGUGGCGCAGCGUCUGGAACUACGCGAGACGCCCUACUUUGGCCUGUGGUUCCGAGGGAAGACCCAGGCGCCGGCGCAGCGUUGGGUGGAGUUGGAGAAGCCCCUCAAGAAGCAGCUGGACAAGUUUGGCAACGAGCCGCUGCUCUUCUUUGGGGUCAUGUUCUACGUGCCCAGCGUGUCCCGCUUGGAGCAGGAAGCCACCAGGUACCAGUACUACCUUCAGGUGAAGAAGGAGCUGUUGGACGGACGCCUCCACUGCACGGUGGAGCAGGGCAUCAGACUGGCCGGCCUGGCCGUGCAAGCCGACUUUGGGGACUUCACUCAGUUCAUGUCUCAGGACUUCCUGCGGGAGUACGUGCUCUUCCCAGUGAACUGGCCUCACGGAGACGAGGUGCUGGAGGAGUGGACGCAGAAGGUGGCCGAAGAGCACAAAAGCCACUGUCGAAUGGCGCCGGCCGAAGCGGAGCUGCUCUACAUCGAGGAGAUCGAGAAACUGGACGGCUUCGGCCAGGAGAGUUUCGCCGCCAAGGACAACUACACCAACGACAUUUUCAUCGGCAUGUCUUUCGUGGGCGUCUUUGUCAAGCACAGAAACGGCCGAUCCAUCAUGCUCCACAGGUGGAAGGACAUCGGCACCGUCGCGCACAACAAGUCGGCCAUCACCGUGGAGAUCACCAGUCGCGACGACACCAUCAUCUUUCACCUGGAGGACAUGGAGAUGGCCAAGUACAUGGCUCGUCUGUUCACGGCCAGACACAAGUUCUACAAACAGAACAAGAUUUGCGCAGAGCCCACUCGCUCUCCGGCGCCAAUCAGGAGGAGGCCCACCUGGACGCAGCACCGCCUUUCUCUGCCUCGGCCGCAGUCGUGCAACUUCCAGACGGCGCAUUCCCAGUACCAAGACACAAAGAGCUCUCAAGACAGCAUCUUCCACCACGAGGAGCCCUACUACAAGUCGGAGAGCAGCCUGGAGCGCUGCCAAGCCGCCGCCGCCGCCGAGUUCCCCUUCCGCAACGGCGGCAGCGUCUACAGCAGCCCCAGCCUGAGCUCGCUCAACCGCUCGCAGACCUUCGUGCCGCCCUCGCCCGUGUCCUCCGACCUGAGCAUCGCGGGCAGCGAGCUGAUGCGCCCCGACUACAUCCCCAGCCACCGGCACAGCGCCAUCAUCGCGCCGUCCUACCGGCCCACGCCCGAGUACGACGCCGUCAUGCGGCAGAAGCGGCGCGUGCUGCACGCUCAGCGCGACCUGCACAGCCAGUCGCUGCGCAGUCUCAACAUCAGCAACGCCUGCGCCUAUCGCCAGCCCGAGGCGCUGGUCUACAGCCAGCCCGAAAUGAGGGAGCGGGGCCCCUACCCCGGCCUGGGACCCAGCCCCUACGCGCAGAUCAGCUACAGCAAGCCGGUGUCUUACGGUGGACCCCAUCAGGGAGCAGCGGGGAGCGGGCCUUGUCGCUCACCACGCAUCAACGGGGGGGGGAGCGGCGCGCCUGGCGCCGCCGGCACCUCCAUCUCUCACACGGUCAGCACGCCCGAGCUGGCUAACACCAAACAACAAGGGAGCUACGCCGCCUCGGCUCACGUGGCCAGGCACCCCGUAUCGCGACCCCCGCCGCCGUAUCCCUCGGCGGCCUUCCGGCCGGCCACCAGCACGCCGGACCUGGCCAGCCACCGCCUGCGCUGCAUCGGGGGCAGCAGCCCGGAGCUGGUGACCCGCAUGGUGCAGCUGUCCGUCAAGACCUUCCAGCCGGACAGCUCGGCGGUGGUGCGCCAAUCCCUGCAGGAGGUCAGCGAGCCGCUCACCACCGCCGCCGCGGCCAAGCACCGCUCCACCCUGGGCAAGCGGCACAGCAUGGAGGUGAUCAUCGGCGGCAUGAGAGGCGCCGGCCUGGAGGGCGUGGCCAUGAAGGGCAUCAACGCGCCUCUUCAUCGAAGGAAUACUCUGAGGGAGCACGUCAUGCCCCCACAGCCCGUGGCCCAGCAAGCGCCGCCGCCGCCAUCCAAAGACUUGGCCAUCCCCACGCCCCCGCAGAAGGAAGCCCCGGUGGCCGCCUACCAGCAUCAAAAGACUCUCUCCAACGCCACCAUGCUCAUCCACAGCAGCGAGAGCGAGGAGGACGAAGAUGAAGAGGAGGAGGAAGAGAGGCCCGAGCUGGAUGUCCAAAUCCCGGGUCUCAACCAAGACAUCAGCAUCAGCGCCCAGUUGCAGGCCGCUCUGGCCAAGCUGCCCAACAAGCCCCCUCCGGAGUACCCGGGCCCUCCCAGAGCCCCCGGCAACAUUCCCGCUCGCAACCGCCCGCUCGCCGCCGAGCCCGGCCCAUCUCGGGGGCCUGAGGACGGCCAGCUUGCCGCCGGGGGUAGCGGCGGCGCUCUGACGCGAGGGGACCAGAGCGCCGGCAACGUCUUGGGACCGUCCAUUUCGGAACCGGACCUCACCAGCGUGAAGGAGAGGGUGAGGAAGGAGCCGCUCAAGGAGAGGCCCGUGUCGGAGAUGUUCUCCUUGGAGGACAGCAUCGUGGAGCGGGAGAUAGCGCAGAGGACGUUGGAGAGGCAGAAGAUGUCGGCAGACUCGGCCAAGCGACCGCUCAUGAUGGCCGCCCUCAACGGCCUCUACGCGGCCCGCGGCCCCGAGCGUCCGGCCGACGACGGUGCCGAGGCCGCCAAUGACGAACGGUGCACCACGUUGGAGCUGAAGCUGGAGGAGGAGCGCGUCUUCACCGAGUACGAGCAGGUGCCCAAAAAGAGGGCGGACGGCGCCGUCACCACCGCCGCGCUCCCAGACAAUGCCGAGCGCAACCGCUUCCGCGACGUGCUCCCGUACGAGGAGAACCGGGUGGAGCUGGUGCCCAACAAGGAGAACAACACCGGCUACAUCAACGCCUCCCAUAUCAAGGUGAGCAUCCGAGGGGAGGAGUGGCACUACAUCGGCACCCAGGGUCCGCUGGCCAACACCUGUGCCGAUUUCUGGCAGAUGGUGUGGGAGCAGGGCGUCAACGUCAUCGCCAUGGUUACGGCUGAGGAGGAGGGCGGGCGCUCCAAGAGUCACCGCUACUGGCCCAAGCUGGGCUCCAAGCACAACUCGGCCACGCACGGCAAGUUCAAGGUGACCACCAAGUUCCGCACCGACUCGGGCUGCUACGCCACCACGGGCCUGAAGGUCAAACACCUGCUGUCGGGCCAGGAGCGGACCGUGUGGCACCUGCAGUACACCGACUGGCCCGAGCAGGGCUGCCCCGAAUACGUGCAGGGCUUCCUCUCCUACCUGGAGGAGAUCCAAUCGGUGAGGAGGCACACCAACUCCAUGCUGGACACCUCCAAGAGCCCCAACCCGCCCGUGGUGGUGCACUGUAGCGCAGGCGCGGGCCGCACCGGCGUGGUCAUUCUCACGGAGUUGAUGAUCAGUUGCCUGGAGCACAACGAGCCCGUGGAGAUCCCCACCAUGCUUUCGGGCUUGAGGCAGCAGCGGAUGCUGAUGGUCCAGACCAUUUCGCAGUACAAGUUUGUCUACAGGGUCCUCAUCCAGUUCCUCAAGAAUUCUCGCCUCAUCUGAAAUGUCGGCACCCCCUGCUAAAACGGUUGCUUUCCAUCCCUCUUCCAGACACUGUACCCAUUUCAGGUGCCACAAGGUGGCGCUAAAGUCCAGCUGGCUGUCUAAUUUAUUCUAGUAUUGCUUUGCCGCCAUCUUGGCGCAAGGUCACCUUUUUGAAGUGGGGGGAGGAGCUUCUUCGAACAGAAAAGUAGUGCUCUGGCGCCAUCUGCGCUAUUAAACAUACGCCUGCAUCAUUUAACAGGCAAGCAGCUCAACUCUGUUGCUUACCAAAACAACAAGAGAGUGGAUGAUGUCAUCGUGCCUACAUCGUGCCUGCACUUGUGGCAAGUCUGUGAAUCCUUUUCACGUGAGCUGGCUUCCUUUCAUCAACUGGGCUGAAACUUAGCAAAAGCAGUGCCCCCCCCCCCCCCCCCUUGUAAAUUGUGCCUCAUGCAAGUAAGUCUCCGCAACUAUCCUAGCCAAAACGUUUCCAGACAGUAUUUAUCCUUCAACGUGUUUAUAAAAUCACAUUUUGUUUUUGUACAGACACUCGUGUUGUGUGAAAAUUCUUUCCUGACUUGGUACUAUGAAAAAUACCGUAACCUCUUCAACUAUGCAUGCGUGUUUUUUUAAACAAAUAUAUAUUUGAAUGUAUAUAAGUGUAUAAAUGCAGUAUAUGUGUUGUGUUGCGUGUAAGGCGCCUGCCUGCCUGCCUGCGUGUUUUUUUGCACUUGUCGGUCACUCGCCAUUCCACGGUUUGUCCCUAUCUUUCUCCUGGCUGCGUGUUCGUUCAUACAGCCGGAUGGAUGGAUGGAUGGAUGGAUGUUUUGCAUCUGCAUUCUCCUCCUCGCCCGUAAACAUGUACUUGCUCGUCAUGCAAUAAAGCCUUAUUUUCUCUA